GUAGAAUUUAUUAUUUCCGAAGUCAAUCCGCUCUGUGGUUUCAAAUAUGAAACGAAGCCACUGAGGCGCAGAUUAUCACACAUUUGUUUUGGCAUUUAAUGUAUGUCUCUAAAAAUGCAGGGUUCCGUGUCUAAUGUGGAAGUGUGUAACUUUGCUUACACGGGGAGGUUUGAGGAGUUAAAGCAGUGCAUCCUGUCAGAUAAAACUCUUGCCUGCAAAACGGACCAGGACCGUAGAACCGCUCUGCACUGGGCUUGUUCCGCCGGCCACACCAACAUUGUAGAGUUUCUUCUCGGCCUGGGAGUGGAAGUGAACCUGCAGGAUGAUGCCUCAUGGACCCCUCUUCACAUCGCUGCCUCCGCGGGCAGAGAAGACAUAGUGAGGUGUCUGAUAUCCAGAGGAGCUCAGCUCAAUUCAGUCAACCAGAACGGAUGCACCCCUCUGCACUACGCUGCGUCUAAGGACAGAUAUGAGAUUGCCCUUCUGCUGUUGGAGAAUGGAGCAGACCCCAAUGCUACUGAUAAGUUGGAUUCCACCCCUCUUCACAGAGCAUCUGCGAAGGGCAACUACCGUCUCAUCCAGCUGCUUCUCAAACAGAGCGCUUCAACCAACAUCCAGGACUCGCAGGGCAACACACCCCUCCAUCUGGCCUGUGAUGAGGAGCGCGUGGAAGCUGCCAAAUUACUAGUGGAACAUGGGGCCAGCAUCUACAUUGAGAACAAGGAGGAGAAAACCCCCCUCCAGAUGGCAAAGGGAGGCUUGGGCAACAUACUCCGUCGGAUUGUGGAGGGAUGACACCUUAACUGACCUUCAGUACAGGUCAUGUUUCAGCUCUUACCAUUACCCAGUUACUUCAUGAAGUUUCCACUGAAGUCAGUCUGUGGGUGACCUAUUGUGAUACGUUCAAAUGUUUAACAGGUCAAAGGUUAGGCAGCGUGCCGGCGAAAAACAGGACUUUUCAGCUUCACAGAUGUGGUAGAUGUUUGAUCAGAAACAGUCUUCUGCACUUAACAUAGUUCACCUACCACUGCAGCAAUUUUGAAUAAAAAUAAAAAAAAAAAAACUUUGAAUUUUUUGCUAAAGUUAUUAAAUAUAAGAUGUGUUUACCCUGUUAAUAAACUAUAUUUGUAAAGUA